UAUAUGCAAUGAUAUGACAUGUCACGUAGGGACUGACAUUCGAUAAUGAAAAGCUUUUGUAAGACAGACCGGAGAUACGCUGUCAAAAGGGAGCUAUUGAUAUUAUAUUCUACUUAACAGACGUGCUGUCCUUUAUAAGUCAUCGUAUCAUUGAACAGCUAACAUGCACGCCUUUUACGCGAAGAAUGUUCAUUAGCAUCGCUUUCUAUCUGUAAAAUCUCAUUCAGAGUCGAGGACCACAGAGACGAGACUCCAAAAGGUUUGAUCUCGAAAAUUAUAUCGUCGUUUUAACGUAAGCACUAUUGUAUCCCGUGGUCGACGUAAAUCGAAACGAAAGACCCGACAACGAAACUCGCCAAGUAGAUUAACGAUUUUCUGUGUAUCCAAGUCGCACGAAAGCGUUCGACGUAGACGACUACGUCGAGUUCGAACAGCAGUAGCGUAUACGCACCGGUCUCGAAAUAGCACUGCCUAAUCCCCGCUACCCCGUCAUCUUCUAUGACGCCUUUUCGGGUCGCGCUUAGUUACCACCUUUCGAGGGGAGCUGGCACAACCCAGUCGUAAGCAACGCGAUAAACCAACGACAUGUGCGCCAAUCAAUCGCGAACUGACUGUUCAACAAAUGUCUGUGUCCUUUGCCUGGACAUUCCUGGGCAUAUAACUCGUGGGUAAUUCACACCGCCAUCGUACCGAACUAUGACCUGAAUCUCAAGACUGACUCGAUUCCGCCCAAAGUUAUACUCCCGUUGGACGUCGCACUCUUCUGCACCCAAUUUGCUACACUCCAAGAAGACAGACGUGUCUGUUCCGCGAGAUAUCGUCGCCGUUGUCUAGAGAUAUACCUGUGGAUGCAAGAAGCGAUCAAAGUUUAAAAAGCUCAAAAAACGAGUUCCUAGUCAUUCAAUACGAUAUCCCUUCCGUUGGUUUUUAGAACGUCGAGAUUUUCUGUGAAGCAUACUGAAUUCCACGACGGAAACCGACUGACAGAAAUAGAGGAUGUUGCACGUUGAAUAAUUAUACAUUUGUGGAGGCGAGAAUACUCGACCCAAAGCUCAUAUAGAGGGCUACUUCGAUCGAGUCGAUUUCGUCGUUCGAAGAGUCGAAUAAGAUUAAGACAAAGGAAACCGUGCAUUUAUUCAGACUGGCUAACUGGAUAGUAUUAGUAAUUUUUUUUUUUUUUUAUUCGAAGAAAAUUGAUAUUCGAUAUGCAUGACGUAUCUGUCAGUAGAAACGACUAAUCGGCAAACGGUGCCUUAUUAAAAGUAUCAUCUGGUUCCAGGUAUAUUUGGUCCGACUGUACGUUGCUCCAAAUUUAUAUUGUGCUAAUUAUACCUUGCGUCGUUGCUCUAACGUAUGGUUUGUCACCUUACGAGAAACGAGCAAACGAUGACAAUUACACUCGAUACUUGAAAAUCAUUUGUGAGCAGCGAUAAACGUAAACUCAAGUAGAACAACGCGUUAACGCGAUAACGCGACCAUAACGCUGCGUAAAUCUUUUUUUAACGAUGAUGAAAAGAAAGCUUCCUAUUUCAUGAAAAGUGUGCUGCUACGAUGCAAGAGCGCUCUUCGAACAAGAGAUUAUUUUACAAUUUCGAUACGUAAUAUUGAAACGAUACAAGAGAUUCCGAAAUCACUUGAAUACAGUAACACUGUUUCUGAAAAUAGAUCACGGAGACGCAAUAUCGCAGAAUUACCGUCUUUCACGAAGAACUAUGUAAUAUAUGCACUGAUUUGUGAAAUACGCUCUGAAAAUACUUUCAUUUACUUCGAAAAUGUUUAAUCAAUUUUUACAAAAAACUGUAUAACAAAUUUUCUUGCCGUGGAACGAGUCGUUAAACGAUUUAACUUGUUGAAAUCUAGUGGAAAAUAAACGACAUCGAGAAAGGAAACAAAUAGCAGCGCGGUGCUUCCAUCUUUCGCAAAUGCGAUCGAUCGUUCGAAUCGAUGUGCAACGGAACGGCGCUAGCGAAAGAACGUCGGAUUCUCUUCGCAAGGGAGGAGAGAAACGGUUGCGCGAAUGCGUUUUCGCAGCGAAACCGAUUAAACGCUCGAGGCGAUGAUGUUUUGCGGUGGAUAACAGCGUGGAGAAGGUUGAAAAAAAAGGCUACAACAUGUACGGGCGUCAAGGUAACUCGAAUAACACGCAACCACCACCGUGGUUGGUGCGUGCAGAAGUCACGAUUCGCCAUGGUACACCGGUCACUUCGGAAUCCAGUCAAGUACCAGUAAGCAUGUCUUCAACUGUCACGGAUUCGGGUGGUGUUCGCAUGAUAUAUCGAUGGAAUACCAGUCAAUCAUCUUCAUUACCGACAACUCCAAUCGUCACGACUUCUGGUCCACCCCUAUCCUCCAGCUCGUUCGGGUUCCAACGAGGAAACAUAGUGUUUACUUCGACGCCGCCUCCAAAGCCAAGCUACUUCACGAUUCCAAGAUCAGGCUCGUCCGGGAAUGACGAUUCUAUGUCAUCUAGAGGACGGAGUGUGAAUGUCUCGGACUCAGGCUAUAACAGCGGGCAAUUUUCACCUCAAUCAUACUCGAGUCUGCCUUCUCGUCGUCCAUCCAACAGUUCUUCUCAACAAUACAAUCGUCGAUGCAAGAGCACAUGCAGCAUCGUACUAUCCGCCGUGGAUGCUGCAGGCAGUUCGAAGGAACAAAGUUUCAGCAAAAUAGCAAGCAGUGAAACCAUCAGGCAUUCGUACGACAAUUCUUGGCGCCAUCCCUCGACGCAUCAACAUGUGUUCUCGCGUCAGCAGUUCAGUACGUUACCGGAAGUUUGCGAAGAGUGCUCCGAGGGAACCGUUUCCAGCGUACAUGAUACGCAUUUGUGCAGUAGUGUACAGGAAAAAGUUACGACCAAAUUGACCACAGUCAGUAAAGACGCUUCUUCGCAAACGACGGAUAUAGAAUCCUACGAAUCUUCGUCAACGAUCGUCAGCAAAAGCAAAGUAAAAAAGAAAGCGGCUACUGGUCUCCAUCCGUUGGACGAGCAGAAGAAGAAGAAGCAAGAGAGUCAAUCGCCAACAGUAUCCGAGACCACGAGCGUCGGUCCUUCAGCGGACUCGGAAAGAUCCGAUUCCUCAACGAGAGAUGACAGCGCGAAACGAAAAUCACGAACCGUGCACAUCGAUGUGUACUGCACCGGCUCUGACGAUGAUGAGAACACCGAUACGACAUCUGAGAAUGAAUGCGAUACUCCUAUGACCGUAUUCGAGAAUCCGGACGUGAAGGUCACCCAUACGCAAGUAGCAAGUAACAUUCUGCCCAGAGGAUUUCAAGAUGACAAGGCCUUUUUGAAACGUGCUACAGAACGACGAUGCGAUAGCUUUAAACACGCACCAAUGAGAAUGCCUUCCAUAGCUAGUUCAAAGGGCUAUGACAGCGAUGACGUCCUCAGCUCGCUUUAUCCUUCUCAAUUCAGUUCUUACAGCGCUCUUAGAGAUCUCGAUUCAGCGCCCUGGUCAGCUGCGUCCUCUAACGCGGGCAUUCCAUUUGAUUAUGAUUCGACUAUUGCUACUUCGUCUAAAGAUACUCUAUCCGACAUAGAGUCUUUGAUAAAUAACGAAGUAGACUUGACCCCUUGUGAUAGCUUCGAGUAUGCGAGCAGUUCGGAUCGCGAAAGAAUACAAAGAAUGGAAGAAAUAUGGGCUAAGACGGAAAGUGAAGGGAAACAAUGGCGUUCACCAGAAGUUGAGCGCAAAUAUUUGUUGCAGAAUCGAAAGAUGAAAGAAUAUUUAAAGAAACAUGAGAUAGGAUGGUCGUCGGGUGACAGUGGUGAGGAAUCUGACGAAAGUGGUACAGUUGGAUGGAGUUUUGUAUCUAGCGAGGAUAAUCAAAGAAUGUUUAAAAAAGUUCCGACCAUGCGACGAGCAAGUAAACCUAUCACUGAAUGUACAGAUAGAAGCGCUAGUAUAGCGGAACAAGAGCUUUUGAAGCAAAAAAAUUUACAGCAGGAUCAUUCUGAUUCCACGAAUCGUAGCGACAGUAUUCCCCACCCGUACACUUUUCGUAACCAAAUCGGUUCGUUCGGUUCCAAAAGCCCUUCCCCUCUUCCAUCGAAAGUACCUUCGCGAGUUACUUCUCCCUUUAUGACGCCCCAGGGCGAAAGAACCGACCAUAUUUUGAAGGCCUCGAUAUUCGGUGCGGUAGUGAACGCGUUUCGAAAGCCAGGUCAUCACAUAGGACCUUCCAAGAACCCCUCUUGUUCCUGUGAACAUUGUCGAAGAUAUUUCGAGGAACUGAAUUCACGAGCUUGUUCUGUAAGCGAAUUCGAACGUCAAACGGGAUAUCGUUUACAGAAUGAAAAGAGGAUAUUUCGCCCGAUCCCGAAAAAUGACAAAUCCUGAGACUCAAUAUUUCAUUAACGCGUUUUUAAAAGUUUUUUAAAAUUGUAUCAUUAUUAAUAGUAUUUUCUGUUUCUUGGUGAAACUGUAUUGAAAAUAUUGUAAGGUUGUGUUUUGUAACAUAUAACGCGUGUGUUAAGUUAUAUUUAUUGAAUAAAAUAUCAUUUUUUUUUUCUAUUUAUGAUUGUCACCAUCUGCUAAAACAUUCUGCUGAAUGAAAAGCAUUUAUGUAAACUAACAGAUACACGCAAUUAUUUAAUGCUGUUAAUAAACGUUGAUUAUAUUAGUAAUUAUACUUCGUUA